AUCUUCCUCUUUUCCUCCUCUUUUCUUUUCUUUUCUUUGGGUUUUCACAUACGUUAUAUCAACACUCAGCAAGGAGGACGCACAUUUUUCGACCGGGAGGACAAACUAUUCGCUCCCUCUCCUCCUCUGACACGUGCUAAGUUAAGCGACAAGUUAGUUAGUGCCCCCAGUCACCGUUACCAACAAGGCUGGCGGAGUAAUCUUGUUGGUGUUUACGGCGUGAUUUGUAUCACAUGCGGUCACCGUACACAAACUCGCGUGCACCCCUAGCAAAUUGUGUCCAUCCGCGUGCGCCUGUUAGCUCCUCUUUAGCGACUCGCACCAUGUUCCAAUGACUCGAUGCAAAGAGAACAAACUCAAUUCUGAUUGGAGGAAUGGAGUGCCUGGAAAUUCUGCACUACUGAUUUGGGUACAUUCAGUGUUUUACCAACGCUGGAAGAGAGGAUUGCUUUGAAGAGGCAAGUCCUUCAAUAAGUUUUUAAGUCAUGAUGCAAGAAUCUGGGACAGAGACAACAAGUAAUGGACCGUUUAAUCAAAAUGGAGGCUCAAGCAUGCAGAACGAUUCUAAGGAAGGACAACACAAGAGUGCUGCGCCAUCAGUGGAUGUGACUGCAGCUGAAGUUGUGCAUCUCCAACAACACCAGACUCUCCAGGUAGCUCGGCAGUUACUUCUGCAGCAGCAGUUCCAACAAGACAGUGGCUGCAUAUCUCCCAAAGGAAACGAAAAGGACCAAAACCUUCAGGUUCCGGUGUCAGUGGCUAUGAUGACACCUCAAGUGAUAACUCCUCAGCAGAUGCAGCAAAUCCUUCAACAACAAGUCCUGAGCCCUCAGCAGCUCCAGGUUCUUCUACAGCAGCAGCAGGCCCUCAUGUUACAACAGCAGCAACUUCAAGAUUUCUACAAGAAGCAGCAAGAACAGCUCCACCUCCAGCUUCUCCAACAGCAUGGAGGCAGCAAGCAGACUAAAGAGCAGCAGGUGUCAGCACAGCAGUUGGCCUUCCAGCAGCAGCUCCUUCAGGUCCAGCAGGUCCAGCAACAACAUCUGCUCAACCUUCAGAGGCAAGGGCUGCUCUCUAUCCAGCCUGGACAAACAGGCCUGCCGCUGCAGUCGCUUGCGCAUGGCAUGAUUCCAGCAGAGCUGCAACAGCUAUGGAAGGAGGUAACAAAUGCCCAUGUAAAGGAGGAGCAUAACAACAGCAACAACGGCCACCGGGGCCUCGAUCUCUCCUCCCCGGCACUGCCAAAGAAUCCCCUCCACAACCAGCAUACCCCCACCAAUGGGCAGUACAUGAGUCAUAAGAGAGAAAUAUCCACAGUCGAAGACUGCCACCCCCACAGCCAUCCUCUCUAUGGUCACGGUGUUUGCAAGUGGCCUGGAUGUGAAGCGGUGUUCGACGAUUUCCCUUCAUUCUUGAAGCAUCUUAACAAUGAGCACGCUUUGGAUGACAGGAGCACCGCCCAGUGUCGGGUCCAAAUGCAGGUCGUACAACAGCUGGAGCUGCAGCUAGCAAAAGACAAAGAGCGUCUGCAAGCAAUGAUGACACACCUUCAUGUUAAAUCUACAGAGCCCAAAGCCACCCCGCAACCGCUGAACUUGGUUUCCAACAUUACGUUGUCGAAGUCCGCCCCUCCUGAAGCCUCUCCUCCACUGAGCCUGCCCCAGACCCCCACCACGCCCACGGCACCUCUCACACCCCUAUCACAGACUCACUCUGUCAUCACAGCCAACAACCUCCACAGCAUGGGCCCAAUGCGACGGCGUUACUCUGAUAAAUACAACAUGCCCAUCUCUCCAGAUCUCAGUCAGAACAAAGAAUUUUACAUGAAUGCAGAUGUUAGACCACCAUUCACGUAUGCCUCAUUAAUAAGACAGGCGAUCCUCGAAUCUCCAGAAAAGCAGCUAACACUAAACGAAAUCUACAACUGGUUCACACGAAUGUUUGCAUAUUUUAGACGCAAUGCAGCAACGUGGAAGGGUGCCAUUCGCACCAACCUUUCCCUGCAUAAGUGCUUUGCGAGAAUAGAGGAUGAGUUUGGGUCCUAUUGGACUGUUGAUGAUGAGGAGUUUAAGCGUGGCCGACACAUACAGCGAGGCCGCCCUCGGAAAUACGCCGUCGAUGAGAGCUUUGACGAGCUGCUUGUACAAAGUCCUGCAUUGGUGAAGAAUAUUCAAACAAGCUUGGGCUAUGGACCGACACUUUCUGCUGCAUUUCAGGCUUCAAUGGCAGAGAACAACAUACCUCUAUACACAACCGCUUCCAUUGGAAGUCCCACCCUCAACUCCUUGGCGAACGCCAUCCGUGAAGAGAUGAAUGGAGCAUUGGACCAUGGAAACAGCAAUGGCAGUGACAGCAGCCCAGGACGGUCACCGCUGCCAGCUAUGCAUCACAUCAGCGUCAAAGAGGAACCACUGGACCCUGAGGACCACGACGGACCUCUCUCCUUGGUCACGACUGUCAAUCACAGUCCCGAUUUUGACCAUCACAGAGAUUACGAUGACGACCAGGUCCAUGACGACAUGCUGUGAAGGCAGCGUCAUCCGGGAGACACGCAAUGAACAACAGUGUCAGAUGCUGGCUAAUGUUGCCAAGUGUAUUUUUAGUGCCAUAACAACACAUUGCAACACAAAACAUCCCACAAGUGGGUUUUUAUUCCUCCCCGUUCACAUUCAACUUUUGAGUGAAGUCAAAGCAACUUUUGAUUUCUACUUUGUGUCGGAUGGAUUCGUUGGUACGUAGCUCGCCUCACAGAUGAGAGACCAAAAGGGGACAGAGAGACCCUUGCUAUGCAGCCAGGAUUGCGGACUGUGAUGGGGUUACAUCAGCACCCCUGCCCCCCACAGGCUGUAUGCCCUCUCCCCACAUUUUGCCCGUCUGAGGACACACAUAUUGACAGAGACCAAGUGACUGACAUGUCAUUUAGAGGGAUGUGCUUUCACUGCCUUCAACACUUUGCAUCACAAUGAGUCCAUCUACUGUGAGAGGGGUGGGUUUUUUUUUUUGUGGUUGCUUUUUUCAGUUGGGGGACUGUUAUAGAGUAUCAAGACAAUGUCUUUCCAUCAGUCUGUUCUGUUACUGAUGUUGUCUUUUUUAUUAUUAGGUUGUUGUUUUUUUUGUUUUGUUUUCUCUAAACUCAUCAGACCUCAUGUCCGUGCUGUGGAGAUUGCGUAUGUUCUGCACUUGAUGAUGAAUGUUUAUGAUUUCCUCUAAUGUUGUCUUUUAAGAAAAAAACAUACAUGAAGCAGAAUGUUUGACACAGUGUAUCAUUUUUUUCCUGUCAUUUAUUCUGAAAAAAAACAAACAAAAAAAACAUGUAGCCUGACUAUUCACCACCUCAACACCCGUUUCACUACCCCCUUCAUGAAAUCCACCGGCAAUGCAGGAAUCCUAUGAUGAAGGCUCUCUCCACGCAUCAGUGAAGCUUAAUUUAAGAUGCGAGUGAAUGACAGAGAAAUUAUACAGGUUAUGAUUUACCCUUGUGACAUUACACUUUAAAACAGCCUCUCGCGGCCGAGCACGUUGAGCUGCAACACAAUUUCUGAUCACUUGCAAGCGCCGAGUAAUUCAGUGAGGAAAAAUGAAAAUGUCAGGUGUAAGCCAGCAAGAUAAUAAUUUAGACAAAUUCCUGAACAUGACUGCCAUUGUUGAUCAGAUGUGUGGAUUUCUCCACUCUGUAAUUUCAUGUAGUCAGAGUUCAAGAUAAACUUGAAUUGUCUGGGUAUUGUUGAGUAUCAUGCGCUUGACUGGUUUGACCUGAUCGUUCAUUUUACAGUAACUGAAAUGCUCGUUUUCUUUCAUGAAGGGAACUUAUCCAAGACUUUAGAAUAAACAUUGCCCAUUCCAGAUUUGGACAACCAUGAGUAGGGUCUGCAAACAUAAUACAGCUCCAGUCUCAUCAACGUGUUGACAUAACUAAUAAAAUCCACUAUAGAUAGGCCAUGAAUUCCAAUUACUUUCAGUUGUUUGUUAUUUAUUAUUGGCGUAAUUUAGCUGUUUUGGCUUUUUGAACCUUUGAUUGCUCAAAAAAAAAAAAAAAAAAAAAAUACCGCUACCAAAGAGCUACAGAUACUACAGGGUGGGGCAGAGCAACUUGCUUAUUUUAAUUUGGCGCCCUGAAGAGAUGGUUGCUCUGAGGAUGGUAGGGAUGGACUUAAUUGAGAGAGUGGGGGUUAAAGUUUGUUCUUUAAUGUGCGUUAUGUAUUUUGUGUUCAUUUUUCAGGAACCCCAGUGAGCAUCAUGGAGUGAACGAAGUUGGAACGCGCUUUCGCUGUUGAAGCAUUUUUUUCAAGCGGUCGCACAAUCAUCGCAACGCGCAUUCCGUAGACAUUUCAAUAUCGCCCCCCCUUCCACACCCAUCUGGUUAAGUGUUGUCAGGAAACAUUCAUUGAUCAUGUUGACAUAACGGUCAGAUGUCACUGAUACUGCCUAUUUGUUUUCUUCUUCAAAAAAGAAAAAAAAAAAAAACAUGGUCCAAUUAUGCCAAUUCGCGAUAGUGCACACCAAACAGUUACACGUAGAUGACGUUGACGAAGUUCUCUGCGGUUUUCGGGACUCCAGUAGCGCAUGUUUUGCUUAUUUACAGAUCCCGAAAGAUGGAAGUGAACCUCAGCACUGAAGAAAAUAAGUGUGUCUUCAGGCAAGCCCAAAAGCGCUUCACAUGCAUUUUCACAAGCAAUAAAAUCGUGUGGAUUAUGUUCCUGCACCAUAGCUAACUUGUAGGGAUGAAAUUUCAAUUCUUCAUGGAGGUUUCGUCUCACAGAACGAGCAGACAACCCAAGAGCAGAUGCGUGCUUGCAGGCAGACUGUCGGGGAGAUCUCAAAACAUUGUUUCACUACGUCAAUGUUUUGGGGUGACCUUGCUGUUCGUGGGAAGCCAGGUUUCUUUUUCUUUACAUCACCCAUUUCACUGAAGUUGUUUACCCAUGAAAUAAUCAACUGCUGGCCAGGAACACGACUACAGGGGUCAAUAUUGAAAUGUCUACGGAAUGCACGUUGGGUUUUGACGAUUGGGCGACCGCUUGAAAAAAAAAAAAAAUGCCUCAACAGUGAAAGCGUGUUCCAACUUCGUCCACACCAUGAUGGUCAAUGGGGUUCCUAAAAAAUAAACACAAAAUUAAUAACACACGUUAAGAACCAAACUUUAAGCUCCACCCUCUCAAAUAAGUCCAUGCUUAUCAUCCUGAGAGCAACCAUCACUUCAGAGCGCCAAAUUUAAAUAAGCAAGUUGCUCUGCCCCGCCCUGUACAAAGUCUAAAGGCAUGUGACAAGCUCAUCAGGCCAAAUAUGGCUCCUCCUGUUUUGUCUCCCAUCGAUUUCUCAGAUGCAAUCGAGCCGGGAGAUGGAAUAAAUGGAACAGCUCCUCGCAAUGGUGUCAGUCAAACCCAAAGGAGGCGACACAAAAAGGGCAACUGCAGUGACCAAAAAGUUAAAGGGAGGCUAUGACCAUCCAUUCCAACCAAAUUAAGGAAAUUUCUUGUCUUUGUAAGCGAGCAGAGAGAGCUCAGUCUAUUCAUGGGUAAAAAAUAUUGUAGGGAAUUGAGAGGAAUAUAAAAGUAGCUUUGUCGAUACCAAUGUGAAAUGGGUUCUUUAAUUCAAUUGGACCAUACAAUGAUCCUAUGUUUCGUUCUUGUAUCCAUGUCCAUCAUUUUUGAAUGAUUGUAUGCCUGUUUAAAGAUGUUUUUAUGUCUUGACUGGGUUCCAAUGUACCCUAACAUUGACAAGACUUUAUGAUUGUUUUAAGUUUCUGUAUUACUUUUUAUAUUAAAAAAAGCACUCCUAUCAACAAAUAAGCUGGGUACAAGGUACUUUGUGGCAGUUACUGUUAUUGAUUGCUACAUGUAAUGCUCAUUAGCCAAACAAAGCAAAAGGCCAAUUUGUGUGUUCCAAACAAGAGUGUCUGUGAGAAGAUUAGUCGCAGUCCUAGUAGGAUCGUGAGAACAGGGUCCGACUUGCCCACAAACCUCCAGUCUCUGCCAAGUUUGUUUGCUAUUGAAAAAGGGAAUGACAGCACUGGACAGCUAGCAUGUGUAGUUUGACAUUUCAAAACAUGUCAGCAUGAGAAAACUUGUACAUCAAAUCAACAAGAAAUGAUUCAUUGAAAUCAAACUUUAAUUCCGUUGUUCACUUGUCUUGCAUGUGUAGUCUGAUAAUGUGGAAACGAGAUGGCAAAAGUCUUUCAAAAAAUGUAUGUUGUCAAUGUUCCAUUUUACAUUUAUGGACACAAAGCACUCAGCAACGUGUGUUAUGAACCAGAUUUCAUGGUUCACAAAUUAAGUUUUGAUAAAGUACAGAAUCCAUCUUUUGUCUCACUUUCACUCAAAAAAAAAAACAUUUUUGUCAUUGUAUUAACCCGUAAGGAAAAACUUCUGUAUGUUGGGAUUCAAAACUGUGCUGCACAUGCAUUUAACUUAGUAAAAAAAAAAAAACAGCAACAAAAAAAAUCUUCCUGGCAGAUGUGGAGAGCAGGUGGCUGGCAGUGAGGGAUACAACCCCCAAUUUUGGAUUUUCAACUGUAACAUAGGAACAGACUUUUCUCUGCUAACAUUGACUUAAGAUUUUUGUACAGACUUUUUCCCUUUUUCGUGUUUUUGAUACUUCCUUGAAAUGGUUCAACCACUGCCUUCUGUGGCCAUGUGAAACUUUACUGCUCAAGAAAAAGCCACACAGAUUUACUUCCUCUUUAAGAUGAAGAUGUGUUGCAUGUCAAAAUCCUGGCUCACAGAGAAGGACCUUAAUGGUUGAAGUGGUCCGUAAUAAUAUUAGGGUGUAUCAAACUAAUGAUAUUUUAUAUGGAGUUAAUAGGAAAAAGACAAAUAUGCAGUGCCAAGAUGUAAAAGAUGUAAAGACUAUUGUUAAAUACUGUCUUCUUUGUUUUAUUUUUAAAGGAAAAUUAUCAGUCAUGCAUCAAACAGUUGCCCUCCUCAUCCUUUAGGUAUUUUUUUCUUCACUUAAGGUUUCAUUUUAAUUGGACUAGGAUAUAAGUUUAGAGACUCUGCUUCUCUUUUUGUGUCACACUGAGCUAAAAAGCCAUUUUUCCACCGUCAACCAUUCAACUCAUUUUAAUUGCAUUGGAUUUCAACCUCUCUUACCAUGCACUUUUAUGCAGAUGGUGGGUUGGGGGAGCUCCAGCCUGACAGCUCAGAGAGAACAUUUCUUAUAUUUAUUAGAAGAUAAACUAUGUAGUUUCUUUUACUUUUUUUAUAGAGUAAUAUUUUUGCUCCUCUCUUCCAUGAGUCAUACCACCUCAUCAUUCCUUGUCUUAACUGAUGCAGACCACUCUGUUGUAGUCAGUGCCAACUACUGACAUGAGCAUUCUAAACAUGCAAUAAAAUGCUGGUUGUUAAAUUUGUUUCUUUCUGCUGUAUCCUUUCUUGAUCAAACUUUUCAGCUUAUGACCUCAAUUACAAUUUGUUUUUCCCAGUAGUACUGUCCAGUACUGGUAAUAAAAUGUGAGGGGUUAACACACAAAAAAGAAAAGUUGAGAAGUCCAAUUUUUUUAUUUAAAAUGGUACACACCCAAAUAGGAAUAAUAUUGAAUAUUCUUUGUAGUGUAAUUU